AUGGCCGCCCGUCGGUCCCUGGCUCGUUCCCUCCCCGCUCUCCGCGCCGCCACCCCCCGCACGCCCGUGUCUGCCCGCUCUCUCACCACCACCCCCAAGUCUACCACUCCAGCCAUCGUAAACAUGGCUACACGCACCGGUUCCUCUCCGGCAUCGCUGUCGGCUACCCGCCGACUCCACGCCACAGCCCGGCAGCUCAACGGCGGAACCACCUCGGCCGCCACAACCGCAACCGAAUACCCGACGGACCACCAGCCGAUCGCCAACCCCAUUGACACGGCCAACUUUCUCGACAACGAGUUCGUGCCUUCCAAGGCGUCGACCUGGAUUGACCUCCACGAUCCAGCCACGAACAACCUCGUCACCCGUGUGCCCCAGAGCACCGAUGAGGAACUGCAGGCGGCUGUCCGCUCCGCCGAGAAGGCCUUCCCCGCCUGGCGGGCUACCUCCAUCAUGGCCAGGCAGCAGAUCAUGUUCAAGUUUGUGAGCUUGAUCCGUGCCAACUGGGACCGUCUUGCUUCCUCUAUUACCCUCGAGCAGGGCAAGACUUUUGCCGAUGCCAGGGGCGAUGUCCUGCGUGGUCUGCAGGUUGCCGAGACCGCUUGCGGUAUCCCUUCUCAGAUGACCGGUGAGGUGUUGGAGGUGGCUAAGGAUAUGGAGACGCGCAGCUACCGAGAGCCGCUUGGUGUUGUGGCAGCCAUCUGCCCGUUUAGUAAGUUACCCGCGAAUAUCUUGUGUGAGAACGAAACAGGACUGAUUGACGAUUCAGACUUCCCUGCCAUGAUUCCCCUGUGGUGCAUCCCCAUUGCAACGGUGACUGGUAACUGCCUAGUACUCAAGCCAUCUGAGCGGGACCCCGGCGCGGCAAUGAUCCUAGCCGAGCUAGCCAAGGAAGCCGGAUUCCCGGCGGGUGUCAUUAAUAUCGUCCACGGGUCCGCGAAGACGGUGGACUUCAUUCUCGACGCACCCGCCAUCAAGGCUAUCAGCUUCGUCGGUAGCAACCGGGCCGGCGAGUACAUCUACACCCGUGGCUCUGCGAACGGCAAGCGCGUGCAGGCCAACCUGGGCGCUAAGAACCACGCCGCCGUCCUGCCCGACUGCAACAAGAACCAUGCACUCAACGCCAUUGUCGGCGCUGCUUUCGGCGCUGCCGGCCAGCGCUGCAUGGCUCUCAGCACGGUGGUCAUGGUCGGCGAGACGAAGGAGUGGCUACCUGACAUCGCCGAGCGGGCCAAGGCCCUCAACGUGAACGGUGGGUUCGAAGAAGGCGCCGACCUGGGGCCUGUCAUCAGCCCGGAGAGCAAGAAGCGCAUUGAGGAUCUGAUUGCCAGCGCCGAGGCGGAGGGCGCCACCAUCCUCCUCGAUGGCCGUGGCUACAAGCCGAAGAACUACCCCAACGGCAACUUCGUCGGUCCCACGAUCAUCACCAACGUCACACCUGACAUGAAGUGCUACCGCGAGGAGAUCUUCGGCCCCGUCCUCGUCUGCGUCAACGCGCCCACCCUGGACGACGCCAUCAACCUGAUCAACGCGAACGAGUACGGCAAUGGCGCUGCUAUCUUCACACGCUCAGGCCCGACUGCUUCGCGCUUCCAGAAGGAUAUCGAGGCUGGCCAGCUGGGUAUCAACGUGCCCAUUCCUGUGCCGCUGCCGAUGUUUUCCUUCACUGGUAACAAGAAGAGUAUUGCCGGUGGUGGUGCGAAUACCUUCUAUGGCAAGCCUGGUCUGCAAUUCUAUACCCAGCAGAAGACGGUGACGAGCCACUGGCGCAGUGAAGAUGCGACGAGCACCAAGGCGAAGGUGGUCAUGCCGACUCACUCAUAG